AUGUCAAAGUAUACCCAAAAACCCUACUCGGCAGAUGAGAAGCGGAAGGCCGUCGAGCAGUUCGCAGAGAAGAUAUCAUACUCGCCUAGAUAUUCCAGUACGUGCAUCGCCGUCAGUCCGAGCGGUACAGCGCCACACGUCAUCCUCCCCAAACAGCUCCUCCGCUUUUGUCCACCUGGAGUGUGCAGCGAAGAGACAUGGCGCGCACUCGGUAUAAGGCAGUCACCAGGAUGGGAGAUGUACAUGCGCCACGAUCCUGCCGCAGCGCCUCGGCCGAUGCUGAGCGCGAAUCGGAUUGGGAGAGACCGUGAGGACAGAGGGGGCGGCGGUGUCCAAGGGAGGCGAGCUAUCGGCGGUGUAGGGAUAUGGGAGAGAAGUUGGGCUUGGGGUGUACGCAUGUCACAGCGACGAAGGUCACAUUGGGUUCCAUUCUAUAGUUAG